GAGAUGAUCGCAAUCAUAGUCGGGGGACAUAUCCAGCAGACUGCUUCUAUCGACAAACGAAGAAAUGUCUCCAGUGCUAUGGGCACGCCAACCACUACAACGUCGUCCAUCGUCCUUCUACUGUUACUGUUCGCACUUCCGACGGUACUGCAGGUCUUGGGGUCAAUGUCAACGCUACGACAAGAAUGUGGAAGAAGCGUUAGAAGAUCGAGACAACCUAGAGCCGAGGUACUUGGAAGAAUUAUAAAUGGAAAGCAAAGUAUUCGAGGGGCUUGGCCAUGGCAAGUAUCACUGCAACUAUUGCAUCCCCAGUUUGGAUUUUUGGGGCACUGGUGUGGCGGUGUUAUGAUUUCUUCGGAAUGGCUGUUGACAGCUGCCCAUUGUAUUAAUAAUGACCUUUUCAACUUACCAUUAGCUGCUUUGUGGACUGCAGUUGUGGGAGAAUGGGAUCGCGAAGUGGAAGAAUACUCGGAACAGAGGAUACCCGUAGAAGAAGUCAUCUUGCACGAGAGAUUUCACAAUUUCAACAUGAUAUUGCUCUUAUGAAACUGUCCCGUCCAGUCAAAUUUACAAAGGAAAGCAGAGUUCGAGCAGUUUGCUUGCCAACCACCAGACUGCAUCACAACCAAACGGAUCUGUGUUAUGCUACAGGAUGGGGAAGGGCGUCAGAAGAUGGAAUGCUAUCAAUCAGGUUAUUGGAAUCUAGAGUUCCAGUGCACGACAAUGCAGUGUGUAGAAAAAAGUAUGGCCAUGCUGUCCAUAUUAAAUCUGGACAUCUGUGUGCGGGACAUCUUGAUGGAUCUAGCGGAACUUGUGUGGGUGACUCAGGUGGUCCUCUGCAAUGUGCAAUGCAAGAUGGAAGAUGGAUCCUAGCAGGAAUUACUUCAUUCGGUUCAGGAUGUGCCAAGCCUGGAUUUCCCGACGUUUACACUCGGUUAUCCUACUACUUGCCAUGGAUCAAAUCCAAAACGAGAUCUCUACGACGAACUGGAAGGGAGAGAAAGACAUAGAAUGAAAGAAUCUUCGUUAUUAUAUUUAAGGAACAGAGAAUUAUUAUUAUUUCUAAGUUAGUUUUAUAGUAAAAUCUGAUAGCUUUUUACCAUGUUACAAGCCAUGAAAAAAUCAGAGCAGUUUCUUUGUUCUAUAACAUAAUAUGAAGCAAUAUUUUUAUUCUAGCAGAUUUAAAAUUUCAUUUUAGAAAAAACAGUAUACGUACUUUAUGGGUUGCAAAAUUACUAUGUUUAAUUAUUUUUAUGGCCGAAUUAAUAAUAUAGGAAUAUUUGUUACCUCUAUUACAAUUUUUUUACAAUUUUUUAAAAUCAAAAUUAAGAUUAAGAACUUAAUCCAACUAAAUACCUAUACAAUUAUCAUACGUACAGUUGUUGUUCACACAUCUAUACAAGUUUUUAUGGUUUAGUACGUUUUAAUACUAUGAUUUCCUGAGUAAUCCAGAAGUUGAAUGGCUUUUUGCGUUGGUAUAUAAUUGAUCAGUUUUCUCUCAUGCUUUUUGCGUAUUCUUGUAUGACGUCAUCUACCCAUUUAUUGGACAAAUCUUUGUGUUUUUUUUUAUUGGUUACGUAUCUGCAAGCUUUUAUAAUCGUUCAGAGUAAUUUAUUUAACUUUUCACUAUAUUUUCAGUCUAUUUGUUGACUACUUCUCACCCUAUAGUUGUACUUUAUAAGUCCAAGUUGGUUUUAUUAUAUAAAUAUAUAUAUACAUAUAUAUAUAUAUAUAUAUAUAUAUAUAUAUAUAUAUAUAUAUAUAAAGACAAGGGUAUUAAUAAAUAAAUUAAUUUGUGAAGGUGGAUGGUGAGAGUUGGCAUGCAAGUAACGAUUGGUAUGUGUGGGUUUUCGAUAAACAGAGUAGUUAAAACCUUGGGAUUGGUUUUUGUUUAUGAUAACGUCGAGAAACGGUAGGGAUAAAUCAGUUUCUAUCUCCAUCGUGAACUAUAUACUGGGAUACAUGGGUUUGAAAAGACACCGAAGCAUCUCUGUCAUGGGGCCAAAUGACGAAUGUAUUGUCAAAAUAUCGUAGCCAACAUGUGGGCUUGAACAUUGACGUGGAUAGUGCUCGGGUCUCAAAGUCUUCCAUAAAGGUAUUGGCAAUUACUGAUGAAAGAGGGGAGCCUAUUGACACACCAUUUAUUUGUCUGUAGAAUUGAUUUUGGAAGAUAAAAUAGGUUUCAUCUGUAGGAAUAUUUUUAAAGAGUGAAACAAUAUUGAAACUUACUAGAAUGUUUGACGGUGAUAAAGGUAUUCUUUAAGAAGUUAGAUGAAAUGAAAAGAAUUCUUGAAGAAGGAUGAAGCAUUUUCCGCGACAGGUUGUAGGGUUUUGGCCAAGUACUUGGCCAAUGGUUGUGUAGGGUAGUUGCAUGUACUGACAAUGGGACGUAGAGGAAUAUCGAGUUUAUGAAUUUUGGACAGGCCAUAUCUUCGAGGUAUUGUGGAGGACUUUUGACGAGGAAUUAAAGAUUGUUUUAUGUCUACAGGAAGAGAGGUUUUAUUAGUAAUGGAUUUUGUUGUUUUCUCCAGAUAGGUUGUUGGAUUAUUAGGAAUUGGUUUGUAGUCUCGAGUGUUAAUGAUAUUGAUAGUUUAUUAAUGUAUGAAGAAGUGUUUAGGAUGACGAAGACAUUACCUUUAUCGUCGGGAAAAAUGACUAGGUUUGGAUUUGACUGAAGUUAUUUCAGUGCUUUUUUCUCGGAUUGGCUAAUGUUUUGAGUAGGAGGCUUUGAGUUACUGAGAACUCUAGAGAUGUCUUGUCUGGUUAUUUCAGCAUCUUCGGAAGGUAAACUGGAGAUGGCUUCUUCAGUUUGACAUAGGAUUGUCUCAAUUGGAAUGUGACUUGGGGUAGCAGAGUAAUUUAAACCUUUUGCUUAAGCUUGAGUGGCAAUUGUCAAAAUAGUGGUAUCAGAAAAAUUAUGGACCACCGUUUUGGGUUCCAAUGUUGAGGUUUUUGGAAUUUGUUCGGAAAUGAGAUACCAUAAUUUGAGCAUCUGAGUUUCAGUCUUAGAUUCUAAAGUGUUUAGGGCUGUUUGUGUAUUGAUACGGUCGAAACUGCCCCAUAAUAUAGGAUGUGCAUUGAAAGAAUGAACAGAUAUAUGUUUGUUUAAUCAAAAUGCUCCACACCCUACCUGGAGUGGUAAGUAUACCUUACCAGUGUAGUCACUUGUACCGAUAAUAAUUUACGGCAUAGUUUUUAAAGUUGUUAUUAUAUAUUGUAGAAUUGAUUUAUACUUGAUUCAUGCUGGGUUAAAUGACCCAUAAAAAAAUCCCUGGAGCUUGUAGUCUAUAAAAGGAUAAUUCAAUGAGGUGUUACCAAACGCCCUGCUAAUGUCUAUGUACUCACAUAAUGCCACUCAUUUCUUUGGGUAAAAGCACCUUCGAGAUUUUUUCGAGACUAAAACUUUAUUUAGAAUUUACUAAAAAACCUGGCAUAUGGAGUCAUAGUACUAACAGGCAUCAGAAGAAACUUUCUCAUUACUGAAAUUUACAGAGAAUUGAAUUUGCAUUAAAAGAUCUAUACUAAAUUUGAAGUUUAAUUUUCAUUUUUUAUCUUUCGCUAAAUUGAAUUGCUUUAAAACAAAUUAUUGAUGUUCAGUAAUUGAUGAUUCAGUAAAUUGGGAUUUAGGUCAACUUCAAUUGUUGAGCAGUUGUAUAUCUUUUACUAUUUGUGUUAGGAAUUAAUUACAAUUUCGGUAUAAACUAAGUUUAUUUUCCCGAAUACAAUGAUUUUGCACCCAUAAGGUACUUUUUAAUGACUAGUUAAUUUUUAAGUAAUUUUUUAAGGUGAUAUAACUGUGAUGGUUAAUUCUAAUAUUUAUUGUGAUCGCAAGAAAAACGUAAACCAAUAAAUAAGAUAGUUCAAUAUGUUUUUUAUAGUAGUUUAAAUACGAUUCUAAGAAAAUAGUUACCAUAAAAUAUUUUAAUUUUAUUAUUAAUUAUUCAUAUGUAUUAUAUGUACUGUGUACCUAAAUGUACCUAAUAUAUUGGUAUAUAUCAUGUUACC